AUGACUGGUCGAGACUCUGAUAAGGGGCAUCGCUAUGUUACGGCCCUGGACAAUGCGCGUUGCCAGAAUAAAUGGGAAGAAGUGCCAGAGUUGAUUCGAAAAGUGACCAAACAUGCUCCGCAGAGAACAUGUCUCCUCGAAGUAGCCAGCGCUGAAUAUCAGCUGGCCUCACAUCUUCAAACGCAUCCCUCCACCCCCCGCCCUUCCUCCGCCGCCGGUCUUCAUGACCUGAUUCCGUCACUUUUAUCCACCGUCAACCGGGCAGAAGGAUCAAAGCAAGAAGUUUUCCAGGCGCAGGUCUGCUUGGGAUGGGUACAUUGGACUGUCAAUGAGCUAGGCUUGGCGGCUGCUCGGUUUCCUCAGGACUUUGAAGAAGCCGUGAGCGAGCUCGAGCAGGCAGGGGAAGAGCUCUCUCCAUGGACCAAGACGUGUCUCGUCAAGGCAUGUUAUCUCAAGGGUUCGGCACAGCGCAUGACCUCCGAUCCAGAAGGCGCCCUGGAGACCCUUCAUUCGCUUACGCCAUGGGUGAACAUUCAACUCCAAUCCUCUACCAACAGCCCACAGUUUCUCUACUGGUCUGAGAAAUUAUUGGGUCAAGGUGCCUCACUGGCGUGCGAGGAAGCCAGCAAAGACCUUGCCGCUGCUAAUGCUCAAACGAUAGCCACGACGCUAGGGUUCUUCAGACUGUGGGCGUCUCAUCCUUCAGUCAAGCAGAUGACUUUACCCCAAGGCAUGCUUAUGGACAGCACUACCGAGCCGGUUUCGAAAUCACCAACAUGGAAGUCGUACUACAAUUUGCUAUCAAGGAUCCUGCAACAGGGCCUGCCGUAUUGCCCUCCUGCAAAUGGGCCUGAACGCCCGCAGCUCGCCAGUGAAAUCCGGCGCGUUGAGUCGCUUUGUGAAGCUAGCAUUCUGCGCGAAACAAAAUUCCCCACGGCUGACUCGAGCAACCCGGAAGUUGAGGCUUGGGUUGAACAAGUCAUCCAGAACUGGGAGGUGCUUUGCGGUGCCGGUUGGACAGAUGAAGAGCUUGGGGAGGGUGGCCAGAAUGCUGUCGGCAGGAACGUUCUUGAUAUCCUUUACCGCGCUGCUACCAAGACAUACCAUUCACAUCUGAUUUUGCGGCGUCUGUUCCACGUGCAUUGUGCACUCGCAGACUACGACCUUGCUCUGAGGGCGCUUGACUCAUAUAUCGAAAUUGUCACGAGUGCCAAAGAGCGAGCAGCAAAAGGGGCUGAAUCGGGAGAUCUGGAGAAUGAUGGCAUCCUUUUGCGCACCGUGUCGGAGGGUGUUACGAUGUUGAGUUGCUUUGGUUCGGAGAAAGAGGCCGAGAAAGCAAAGGAUCUCACUUCUCUCCUGAAGGAAUUUUCCGAGAAGCAUGUGCAAGAUGAUGAAGAGCAAGGCAUAACUCUCAUUGCGCCUGAAACUGCUUCAACCUGCUCCCAGGCCGUUGCUCCGUCGGACAUCGCUGCAGCUUACAGAGGAAUUGGUAUCGGGCUUGCUAACUGGGCUUAUUGGACUCCUGUGAACGAGGAUCGCGACGACAUCCGGGCAGAAGCGAUCGACUAUCUGGAAAGAAGUCUAGCCCCGGAGCUUGAAGACGAUGCCAACUGCUCCUCACUAUAUACGCUGGCUGUUCUAUUGGCAGAGAACCGUGAUCUGGACGGUGCCAUUGAUUACGUCAAAUCGGCCCUGACAUCUGACGCACAGCAUAAGACAGGUCAAGCCGAUUUUGCUCGGGAGAGAGAUCUGGUGCCCCUGUGGCAUCUGCUUGCUCUUCUUCUCAGCGCGAAGCAGGACUUCGACAUUGCCGAGCGCUCGUGUGAAGCCGCAUUUGAGCAGUUCCCUGCAACGGUGACGUCACUCGCCCAUAGCGACAGACGACCCCAGAAGCAGAACCAGACUGCUCAAGACCAGAUCGCGGGCAUCACCCAUGAGCUUAUCGAUAAGCUACGAGUCCGCGAGAAGGAACGUAUCAUUGAGACCAGGAUGACCCAGUUGGCAUUUGUGGAACUUGUCGAGGGUCCGGGGGCUGCUGUCAAUCAUAGCGACCAGCUCCUCAGUCUGUUCGCCACGCUUUUCCGCUCUCUGAACCUGGAAGGUAGCGAGAAGGCCAAUACCAAGACCGAGAACGAGCACCUUGUACCCCCGAAAAGCUCUGCUGGAACUGUGAAGAGCCUCCGCGGCAGCUUCUUUGGACGCCACAAGGGACCCCGCGCCCCUGACCGAAGGGCAGAAUUCGGACAGGAGCCCAAGACAGACAAUUCAGCCUAUACGGAUUCAGCACCGGCGAUACAGGUCACAGAUGGGGAGAAGUCCGGGCUUAACGAGGGGACAGACUCACGUCAGGCCCGUAAAAGGAGCAAUACUCUGAGGAAGGGAGAUGAUGCCCAUAAUGCCAACUCAAGCCAUGUCAACGGCGAUAGCGGGACUCAGGCUGGGCCUGAAGCCGGCAACCCUGUCCCAGACAUGGUUGGACUAGCUGUGUCGGACGCAGCGGCCCAGCCGCAGAGCGCAAAGCAGCCACUGGGACCUAUGGCUCACAAUAUGAAGCACAACCAACCACCCGCUCCAGCCGGGCAUUCCAAGCAGCCACCGGAGCAGGAUAUCCGACUACCUACAUCGUACGCCUUCGACUCUCCCACCAGGGCAGUGACCAAGGUUCCACCUACUCAAGCCCAAAAGCAUGGCCUGUGCAUCCUCAUCAAGGUUUGGCUACUCAUCGCUGGUCUCUAUCGUCGAGCCUCGUCUUUCGAGGACGCACAUGAGGCAUGCGAAGAGGCAGCCAAGCAGGUGACGCGCUUCGAAGCUCUUGUGGCGUCACAAGAGACCUCUGCUAGAGCGUUUAGGGAGCGCGGAUGGGGUGUCCCUAAGAGCACUGAUGAACUAUGGGCAGACGUCUAUGCCGAGCGCGGUCUCCAGUCCAUUGACCAGACUCGCCCGCAUGAAGCUAUGGAACACUUCGAGACGGCGCUUCUCCAUUAUGCGGACCAUCCGAAGGCAACUAUUGGUUUAUCAAAUCUGCUACUCGAUGUUUGGGAGGAGAAGAUGCCUUUGCAGCCACCAAAGCCACGUCUUGAUGCCGGUGUGUCGACGCUAUCGCUGUCUUCGAGCGAUCAAAGCAAACCGUCAUCCGAAGACAACGCGAAGCGGUCAAGUCAAGAAGAAAAGCCGCAGGCUAAAAUCGUUCCGGAUUCGGACGAAGAGCCCCGACUCCUGAACCGCAUCGCGGCCCGCGAGCGUGCCUUUGGCCUGCUGUCCGGGUUGACCAAGCGUGGCAGUGCGUGGGACAACUCCGAGGCGUGGUAUGCACUUUCCCGCGCGUACGAGGCGGAGAAUCAGAUCCAAAAGCUGAGGGAUGUCCUGUGGUGGUGUAUCGAGCUCGAAGAUCGGCGACCCAUCCGACACUGGUCCAAUAUCGGCUCUGGUAUAUACGUUCUCUGA